GGUUGUUCUUGGAAUCGGCGCUGCAAUUUAUAAAGGAGUAGACGAAAGACUGAAAUAACAGAGGCAAAAAGCAGAGUUUCUAUGGCUUCGUCGUCGAUGUCGGAGGAGGAGCUCACGCUAACGGUCCGUUGGAGUGGAAAGGAAUACACAGUGCGAGUGUGCGGCGAUGAUUCCGUUGGAGAGCUGAAGCGGCGCAUCUGCGAGGUCACAAACGUACUCCCCAAGCGCCAGAAGCUCCUUUACCCAAAAGUCGGUUCCAAGCUCUCCGAUGAUUCCCUUCUCCUUGCCCAACUUCCCCUCAAAUCCUCCCUUAAGAUGACCAUGGUCGGUACUGUGGAAGAUGAUAUUAUUGUUGAUCCAGUCGAUGCUCCCGAGAUUAUUGAUGAUUUUGAACUCGGAGAAAAAGAAGCGGUUCACAUUAAAGACAAAGAGGUUAACAAGCAGAAAUUGAGACGCCGUGUUGAUCAGUACAAGAUUAAACUCCUCAAUCCAUGCCGAGAAGGGAAAAAACUGCUUGUCCUUGAUAUUGAUUAUACACUUUUUGAUCACCGGUCCACAGCAGAGAACCCACUUGAGCUUAUGCGGCCAUAUCUUCACGAGUUUCUUACAGCUGUUUAUGCUGAGUAUGAUAUCAUCAUUUGGUCUGCAACCAGCAUGAAGUGGGUAGAAUUGAAGAUGGGACAGCUUGGGGUACUCAAUAAUCCUAACUACAAAAUUACUGCUAUGCUGGAUCACUUAGCCAUGAUUACAGUACAGUCAGAUUCUCGUGGAAUCUUUGAUUGCAAGCCGCUUGGUCUUAUCUGGGCUCAAUUUCCAGAGUUCUAUAAUUCAAAAAAUACUAUUAUGUUCGAUGACCUUCGGAGGAAUUUUGUGAUGAACCCACAGAAUGGUCUUAUAAUCAGGCCUUUUAGGAAGGCCCAUGCGAACCGCAGCACUGAUCAGGAGCUAGUGAAGCUGACCCAGUAUUUAUUAGCAAUAUCUGAAUUGGAUGACAUGAGUGUACUCGACCAUGGGAAGUGGGAAUCAUACACGGAAGAUAAUGUCAAGAGGCGGAGGCACUCAUGACUAUAGCCUUGGAUUAUUGAAUUGCUGAUGUUUCCUGGCUGUGUGAGUUCUUAAGUUUAUGCUGUAGCUUCUUACAGCUCUAUAUACAAUAUUGAAUACAAAAGUAGUGAAAUUAUGUAAUUGUUCUUGAACGUAUUUUUGUAUGAAUGAUGACUGGAGAU